CCGCAGCUCGCCAAUUCCCCCACUGUGAUAGUGAUGGUUGGCCUCCCAGCCCGCGGGAAGACCUAUAUCUCCAAGAAGCUGACUCGCUACCUCAACUGGAUCGGUGUCCCAACGAAAGUUUUCAACGUGGGGGAGUAUCGUCGUGAGGCAGUGAAGCAUUACAGCUCCUAUGACUUCUUCCGCCCCGACAACGAGGAGGCCAUGAAAGUCAGGAGGCAAUGUGCCCUGGCUGCCUUGAGGGAUGUCAAGCUGUACCUGACUGAGGAGGCUGGCCAGAUUGCGGUUUUUGAUGCCACCAAUACCACACGGGAGAGGAGAGGGAUGAUCCUAAACUUUGCCAAAGAAAAUGGGUUCAAGGUGUUCUUCAUUGAAUCUGUCUGCAAUGAUCCCACAGUAGUUGCCACCAACGUUAUGGAAGUAAAAUUGUCCAGCCCUGAUUACCGGGACUGUAAUUCAACCGAUGCCAUGGAAGACUUCAUGAAGAGGAUCAAUUGUUACCAGGCCAGCUACCAGCCGCUCGACCCUGAUAACUAUGACCGGGAGCUUUCUCUCAUCAAAGUCAUCGAUGUUGGCCGGCGGUUCCUGGUCAACAGGGUUCAGGAUCACAUCCAGAGCAGGAUCGUUUACUACCUGAUGAACAUCCAUGUCCAGCCCCGCACCAUUUAUCUCUGUCGGCAUGGUGAAAGCGAGUUCAACCUCAAGGGGAAGAUUGGAGGUGACUCGGGCCUCUCCAACAGGGGCAAGAAGUUUGCACUGGCACUGAACAAGUUUGUUGAGGAGCAGAACCUGAAGGACCUGAAAGUCUGGACCAGCCAACUAAAAAGGACAAUCCAAACAGCAGAAGCUCUCCAAUUGCCCUACGAGCAGUGGAAGGCACUCAAUGAAAUCGAUGCUGGUGUGUGUGAAGAAAUGACAUAUGAAGAAAUCAGGGAGCAGCAUCCAGAGGAAUUUGCUUUACGUGAUCAGGAUAAAUAUUACUACCGCUAUCCUUCUGGGGAGUCCUACCAAGAUCUGGUGCAGCGCCUAGAGCCGGUCAUCAUGGAGCUGGAGAGACAAGAGAACGUCCUUGUGAUCUGUCACCAGGCUGUCAUGCGCUGUCUCUUGGCAUAUUUUCUGGACAAGAGUGCAGAUGAAAUGCCCUACCUGAAAUGUCCCCUUCACACAGUGUUGAAGCUGACCCCGGUGGCCUAUGGCUGCCGGGUGGAAUCCAUCUCGCUGAACAUCGAAGCUGUCAACACCCACAGGGAACGGCCAGAGGUGAGUGUUGCUUUUCCUCAGAGCCAUCCCUUGGUGUCCCCUUCCUUACCCCUACGGUCAGCAGGCAGCAAGGACGCCCAGGAAGCAAAGAAGGGACCUAACCCGCUCAUGAGACGUAAUAGCGUUACCCCUCUAGCAAGCCCAGAGCCCACCAAAAAACCUCGCAUCAACAGCUUUGAGGAGCAUGUGGCUGUUUCUUCCGCCCUGCCAGGCUGUGUUCCUCAGGAAGUGCCCACGCAGCUGCCGGGACAACCUUUACUAGGGAAGGCAUGCCUGUAA